AGUUUACGCGACGGUGACCGCACACCGACUCCGCCGAUAUAAAAGCGGAGCGAUCGGACGCCGCCGAUCGCGGCCGUCUCGAAGGGUUCCCUCGUCCCGCUUGCACCGGCGGAGCAACGUAAUAGCUUUUGCCCUCGAUCAUCCGACGGUCCAGAUGGCAGGGGAGAAGAGCAGGAUUCUGAUCAUCGGAGGGACUGGGUACCUCGGUAAGUUCGUCGUCGGAGCUAGCGCGCGGUCCGGUCACCCCACCUUCGCCCUGGUGAGAAAUACCGCCCCCUCCGACCCAGCCAAGGCCCAACUCUUGGAGACUUUCAAGAACUCCGGCGUCACCAUCCUCAAAGGGGAUUUAAAUGACCACGGGAGCUUGGUGGAGGCCAUUAAACAAGUGGACGUCGUAAUCUCAACGGUCGGCCCACCGCAGGCGAUUGAGCAGCUUAAGAUCAUUGCUGCCAUUAAAGAAGUCGGAACGAUUAAGAGGUUCUUGCCCUCCGAGUUUGGUUUAGACGUCGACCGCAUACACAAAGUGGAGCCGGCGACGUCGGUGUUCCAACUCAAGGCUCAGAUUCGGCGGGUCAUUGAGGCGGAAGGGAUCCCUUACACCAUCGUGUGCAGCAACUGCUUCGCCGGAUACUUUCUUCCAACACUAGCUCAGCCAGAGCCUCCAAAAGACAAAGUUGUAAUAUUAGGCGACGGAAAUCCGAAAGCUAUUUUCGUUUGUGAAGAAGAUAUCGCCGCAUAUACCAUCAAAGCUGUAGAUGACCCAAGGACUUUGAACAAGAUUUUGUACGUGCAACCUCCUGCCAACAUCUACUCCUUUAACGAGCUUGUCUCCCUCUGGGAAAGGAAGACCGGCAAGACAUUGGAGAAGAUUUACCUUCCGGAAGAAGAGGUCUUGAAGAAGAUCCAGGAGUCUCCAUUCCCAUUCAACAUUCUGCUGGCAGUCAACUACUUGGUGUUUGUGAAAGGAGACACUGCUAACAUUGAAAUUGAACCAUCAAUUGGUGUGGAUGCUUCUGAGCUCUAUCCUGAUGUCAAAUACACCAGCGUUCAAGAGUAUCUUAACCGUGUUAUCCAGUGAACCCCCAAAACAUGCAAGUUGCUUUUGAGUUGAGGAAUUGGCCUGUUUGCAUCUUUCAAUUUAAGUAAUGUAAUAUCUUUCAUAUAUGUAAGUGACAUCUAUGUGUUUAUAAAUCAGUAAGAGGUUUGUUGGGCUUAAAUAAUUGACCUCAAAGUUGCAAAUUUUCAAGCUAAACAUCUAAUCUAUUUGCCCAAGUUAUCUACCUUGAUGCA